CCUGAAGAUGGCAGCAGAGUUAAGUAACGUGGUGGCAUCGCCCACUAAGACUUUCAGAAGAAGAAGACGAAGACGGAAUCAGGAAUCAGCUGUCAAAAAAAGUCCACCGAAGAAAGAACGUAUCAACAAAGGUAUGUCGGAAGGAGUGCAUUGAUUCAACCUGUGAGGUCUGACUGAACACACCCGUCAAGAUGCCUGCGGUGUCCACCGGGGCCAAGGACCUGUAUUUGUCCACAAAUCUUGGUGACCUCAAUAAGAAGGCUGAAAUCAAGCCAGACAAGACAAGCACAAGAAACUAUGUUCAUAGUGCCUGCAAAAUCUUCAAAGCGGCAGAGGAGUGUCGUAUGGACAGAGAUGAAGAGAAAGCUUAUGUACUCUACAUGAAGUAUCUAACAGUAUAUGACCUUGUCAAGAAGAGACCAGACUUCAAGCAGCAGUCGGAGUAUUACCUGAACAUGCUUGGGACAAACAAUUUCAAGAAAGCCAUUGAAGAAGCCGAAAAACUUGCGGAAAGCCUCAAACUCAGGUAUGAGGAAUGUGAAGUAAGGCGAAAGCUGGAUGAGAAGGAGAGACAAGUCGAGAAAGAGAGAAUGGAAGAAAAAACAGAGAAAGAUCUUCCUCCCAAAUCAUCAUCAGAAAUCAAGAUGGACAACAAUAAGGUAAAAGAAGAAAAAGAUGAGCUGAAGAAUGCAGACGUACCUGUUAUUGCAGCAGUGACGCGUGGGGGCAUCACAGCGGAGAAACUUUUCCACAUGAUGACAGACCAGAUGAUUACUUUAAUUGUCAUGGAUGCACGGAACCAGAGAGACUUUGAGGAGUCUCACAUUCAAGUUCCAUCACAGGCCUGCAUCAGUGUGCCUGAGGAAGCCAUCAGUCCAGGGAUCACUGUGAAUCAGAUUGAAGAAAAGCUUCCAGAGGUGUCCAAAGAACAGUGGAAAAGGCGUGGAUCUGUGGAUUAUUUAGUCCUGUUAGACUGGUUUAACUCUGUUACGGAUCUUACACUGGGCACUACAUUGCGGAGCCUUAAAGAUGCUCUGUACAAGUGGGACAGUAUAACCAUCUUGAGGAGUGAGCCACUGGUGUUGGAAGGAGGCUAUGAGAACUGGCUGUUGUUUUACCCAAUGUACACAACCAAUGCUAAAGUCCGCCCUCCUCGAGAAAUCAUUACCAACACCCUGCCUCAGUUAAACUUUAGUUACCCAUCUCUUGAGGAACCAAAGUCUCCUACUCCACCUCAGCCAGAACCAGAGCCAAAAGAACCCACCGCUCCCUUACUAGUGAAUGGAGUUGCUCCAACCAAAGCGCCCACAACUACAGCUCCUGUAGCUGCAGAAAGACUACCAGACAGAGUUGACUUUUCUCGCUUAAAUUCUGUGGUGGAACUAAGCAAGAAAGGACCUUUGACAUCCAGCCAACCUUCUGCCACAUCCAAGGCCGCACCACAGUUUGACCGCACAAAGAAGCCCUCAAUCCGCUUCUCAGAGGAGCCUAAGAGCUUAAAUGGGCCCGACAAAGACUCCAGCAAGAACAUGCCAAAUGUUCCUGACCGCUCAGCCAAACCAGCCUUCAACAUUUCUUUGUCUGAAGAAGAUGAAAGUCGGAUGCACUCUGAGGUGGUGGCAUCCAAGGAGAAAGCCAGGCAAGAACAGGAGAAACGCGUUCAGGAGCAUCAACAAGAGGAGGAGAGGCGGGACAAGGAGCUGAAAGAGAGGCUUGAAAAGGAAGCGCUUGAUAAGAAAAAGAAGGAAGAGGAAGAGAAUAGACAUCAAGAGAAAAAGAGACUGGAGAGACAGAAGGCGGAGGAAGAGGAGGAUAAAGAGAACCAGGUGUGGGAAGACAAAGACAGGGGAAGAGAGCAAAACUCUGACGCACCAACAAAGAGUAUGUCUCUAGACGCGCCUUCUCACAACCAUGUCGUCAGUGAAAUAAAGAGAGAGCCACUGACGAGAGCAAGAAGUGAAGAAAUGGGAAGAAGUGUGCCAGGCCUGCCAGAUGGUUGGAUGAAGUUCCUUGACACUGUUACCGGAACCUUCCGAUAUUACCAUUCCCCAACAAACCGCGUCCACCUGUACCCGCCUGAGGUCACUGUUCCGACACCACCAGCUGUGGAGCAGAAACCACCGCGACCAGCUGUGCCACCAUCCAAUGUGGAGAAAGAGCAGGAGCGGGAACAGUCCAAAUUAAAGCGAUCCUACUCUUCUCCAGACAUUAGCCAGGACCUGAGAGAGGAAGCCCAGAAGAAGACUUCUGCCCCAACUCCCGCUGCCGCCAUACCGACCAUCAACAGAGAAACCAAACCAUCCAGUGCUAAAGUCUAUUCUAAAGUGGAACUUGCACGACCCUCAGCUGCCAAAAUUCGCAGCCUGAAUCCAACAUUUGGAGGCCUAGGUUCAAGUUUAACUGGCCUUCGUAAUCUUGGCAACACUUGCUACAUGAACUCCAUCUUGCAGUGUCUGUGUAACACUCCAGCCAUGGCGGAGUACUUCAACAACAAUUAUUACCUGGAAGACAUAAAUCGGUCUAACAUUCUUGGCCAUAAAGGUGAAGUGGCAGAGGAAUUUGGUGUGAUCAUGAAGGCGCUGUGGGCUGGUCUGUACAAGUGCAUCAGUCCACGGGACUUUAAGACCACCAUAGGAAAGAUCAAUGAUCAGUUUGCUGGUUACGACCAGCAAGACUCUCAGGAGUUGCUGCUCUUUCUCAUGGAUGGACUCCAUGAGGACCUCAAUAAGGCGGACAACAGGAAGCGGUACAAAGAGGAGGAAAAUGACCACCUGGAUGAUCAGAUGGCAGCAGAUCUGGCCUGGAACAAACACAAGCUGCUGAACGAGUCCAUCAUCGUGGCACUCUUCCAGGGCCAGUUCAAGUCCACUGUGCAGUGUCAGACUUGCCACCGCAAGUCUCGAACCUUUGAGACCUUCAUGUACCUUUCUCUGUCUCUGGCCUCCACCAGCAAGUGCUCCCUGCAGGAUUGUCUGAGGAUGUUCUCCAAGGAGGAGAGACUGACUGAUAACAACAAGGUCUUCUGUCGGCACUGCAAAGCGCACAGAGAUUCUACAAAGAAACUGGAGAUCUGGAAGGUCCCCCCACUUCUCCUGGUGCACCUGAAGCGCUUCUCCUACGAGGGUCGAUGGAAACAGAAGCUGCAGACCUCUGUAGAUUUCCCUUUAGACACUCUGGACUUAUCCCAGUAUGUCAUCGGACCUAAGCAGAACCUGAAGAGAUAUAACCUGUUUAGCGUUUCUAACCAUUACGGAGGUUUGGAUGGUGGCCAUUACACUGCCUACUGUAAGAAUGCCUUCAAGCAGCGCUGGUACAAGUUCGAUGAUCAUGAGGUGUCAGAAAUCUCCACCUCUUCUGUCAAGUCUUCUGCUGCCUACAUUUUGUUUUAUUCCACCCUGUGAUGGAGCUUCUGAACCUGAAGACCAUGCGACACCAACUGAGAUGGUUGUCUUUUUCUUCAAGAAAGCCACAGUUGGGGGCUCAUGAUGUCCCAUCAUGGAUCUGAUGGCUGAGGUAUCUGUCUGGAGAAAGGUGCACAGGCACGUUGUGCAAUGCUUCCGCCACUAGAGGACCCUAUAGCUGUGACAACAUGCCUACUGCUCAUAUUUCCGGUCUAGAGGCUACAAAUAUGUCAUCCUGACUCCACCCUGUGUGGAUUCAUUGUAGGGCAGAGAACUGCUUCCAAGCUUCUCACUUGUUGCAGUUAACAUGAAUGGCUGGAUUGCAGAAGUGUGUGAACAUCUUGCUAACACCUACAGUACAUGGCGUAUACAUACUUAACAAUGCUGAUGUUGCACUUUUCAAAAUGUAAAUAUUUGAGUACAUUUUUAUUUGUUACUUGACCAAUUUUUGUUGUUGUUGACCGUAGCAGCCAUAUUAAUCACACCAUGGUCGUUGCAUUAGGUGCUACACUUGCUAGCUGCCUAAUGUCUUGCAUCGUUAAAGAGGACCUAUCAUGAUUUUCCAUAUUUUCUAGAUCAUGUACAACAGGUUCGUGAUAGGCUGGUGCUGAGACAAGUUGGCCAAUCAGAGGACACUAGCCUUAAGAACUUUGAACCUGACAGGCAUACAUAAAGUGCCAGACAGUGCAAGAGAAAUAGGGAUCAUUUUGAAACUGUGAAUCAUGCAACACUACUCGAGCGGGCUCUCAGAAGAGCUGCUGAUUAGCACAAUAGGUCCUCUUUAAUGCUAUGGAAACAGACUGAGUAUGAGUAUUCACAUUUGCAUAAUAUUGAAGGAUCGGCGGGAACUGUGAUGGUUGUGUGUUCAUGUUAAUUACAUUGUUACACUUACAUAAUAUGCAAUCAGUAGAGGUAUGUAGAACACAAUAGCUUAUCAAUCAAUACUCAAUGUGGAAUGCUUUAAAUUGGUGCAGAUUUAGAGAUCUCUUCUGAACUUUUAUCCAGCCAACGACAGAAAAUUCUGUUCUUAUGUUAGUUUGAAGCCAUAUUGACAUUGUUAACAAAAGGAAAAUUAAGGUGUUUAAAAAAUUGGGCUAAUUUUAAUCAAAUAUCAAAUCUCUAGAUUGUGAAAUGAACAUGUAUCUGUUUGAUCUAAUUCUGUCUUCAGUACUGAUCACAUAUGAGACUAACAUUGACAUGAUUCAUUAGGUCAGCAUUAACUGAACUAAACACAAGCACAAAGUUUGGUGAAAUGGACCAGAAAGGGGAAGUGCAGGCAUUUCACUUGCUCAUUCGAUCACUUUUCUCGCCUAGCAUGAGACUCAAACAUCUUUAUUUUCUUGUAAAUGUUGAUUUCUCAAUGCUUUCAAAUCUUUCAGUAUAACAAAUAUAUUAAAGUCAAACAACUUAUAUGCCUAUUUAUUAAAACUGAUUUG